AUGGGUGUGGAGUGGUUCCGUAACGGCGGUUCCGCCCAUCUGAGAGUGAGUGUAGUGGCGGUUGUUUGUGGAGGUUUGCUCGUUGUCUCCUUCAUAGAUUGGCUUUGCGGUAUGACUCGUCUGGAGAAUCUGUCUGGAUUCGUUCAUCCCAAAUACCAAAAAGUCGAGAAGAUAUUCAGGAAAAACUUCCAUGACGGUUGGGAACGAGAAGGUGCCGCCAUAGCUGUCUAUCAUAAGGGAGAGUUAAUCGUUGAUCUACAGGGUGGCUAUGCUGAUAAAUCGUCUGGAAGAAAGUGGACUUCUGAUACGAGGACAGUCGUCUUCAGCGCAACCAAAGCUGUCGGAGCGUUAUGUGUGGCCAUCCUUGUCGAUCGUGGACACAUCGCCUACGAGGACAAAAUGAGUGCGUAUUGGCCGGAGUUUGCCCAACAAGGGAAAGAAAAUAUCACCAUAGACUGGUUAAUGAGCCAUCGAGCCGGUUUAGCCGCUUUGGAUGAGCCAAUUUCAAGAGAGGAUGCAAAAGAUUUCGAAAAAAUGGCUUACGUACUUGCGAAGCAAAAACCAAAUUGGGAGCCUGGAACUAAAAGCGGAUAUCACGCAAUCACUUUCGGAUGGAUUGUAGAUCAAAUAGUUCGUAGAGCAGAUCCAAAACGAAGAUCUGUGGGACAAUUUUUUAAGGAAGAAGUGGCAGAUAAGUACGGUAUCGAUUUUCACAUUGGUCUUCCUAGUUCCGAGGAACACACUAUGUCACGGUUAUCCAUGCCUUCAACUGCACACCUACUCAAGGAAAUCGUUUACGAUCCAAGGGUGCUUAUUGUUCUUGGAAUACUCCACCUUCGACCUCCAACAUCAAUUGCGAGAAAAGUUCGCGAAAAUCCGCAAUGGUUCAAACUUGAGCAGGAUGUAAACACUUUCAAUGAUCCAGAACUACAUGGAAUGGAACAAGUUGCCGCUCUUGGUAUAACCAAGGCACGAGACCUCGCCAAGCUUUUCUCAUUGAUGCUCAGUGGGAAAUUGUUUAGUAAGAAACUCCUGGAACGAUUCAAAACGCCACAAAUUAAUUCUGGUCUGGAUGAAAUAGUGAUGACACCGCUUCCAAAAGGACAUGGAUUUCUCUAUGAGCGUCAUCCUACAGCAGGGAAACAGUGGCUCGUAGGACAUCCAGGAUUUGGCGGAAGCACAAUCAUGAUGGAUAUGGAAGACGAGAUUGUCGUGGCCUACGUUACCAAUGGGCUGAAGACAGGAAUGGGUGAACUAACGAGAACCUAUCGGCAUUUGCGAAACGCUGUCUUCGAAUGUUUUGAAAAGGCAAAGCAGGAAACUUCGGAAAGUAUUGUCGAUAUUCCUCUCUAG